GGCGGCAGAUGCAGCAGUGAGGCACCACACUACACAGGAGUGGGAAUAUCGUUAGUCUCUUCAGCUGAGGAACACCGCCUAGCAUGUUCAUCUUCUUGACGUUGCUGGUAGCAUGCUGUGCAGGGCGUGGCGUCUUUACUGACGCCUCGCCGAUGCCCUUCAUAUUUGACUACAAAGAUACAGAAAUUUUCAGCGACACUCCGCCUGCAGACACUUUCAGCCUGCCCCUCCGACGAAGACAUGCUCCUCGUGGCAUCUCCUCGUUCUCCGACACUGUUCCUGAGCAGCCAGCACGAGGGCUGGUUUCUGCCGCUGUUGGAGAGACACUGGAGCAUGCUAGGUCUAUCAGGUUUCCUGGAGAUGUGCCUGGUGAUGCCGGAAGUGGAUUUCCUGAACAUUCGGGUGACGCGGCUCCAGACCUUGUCCUUCCCAACCUGAACCGCGCCACCAAACCCACUGAGGCUACCGGCGACUGUGUUCUCGAUGAAACGCUUAAGAUUUCCUACAAUGGUAUUACAUAUACACUUUUUCAAAACAAGCCGUGCGCUGAAGAAGAGUGGGUAGUAAUGGUAGCGGAGUGUCAACCCGAGUGUCGACCAAGGCCCUGCCCCACUGGACAACUCUUGUACCGAGAACAGUGUGUCGAUCCGGUAGACCCCACAGUGUGCGGCGAGGGACAGAUCCUCUACCUCGACCAGCGGGGCAACACUUACUGCGACUGCGAGAAGGACCACUUCUACUACCCGUGGAGUGGCCAGUGCGUCGGGCGCCGCGAGCGGGGCCGCUGUGACUUCGGUUUCUUCAUAGACCUUAAUGAAAAUGGUGAAGUGGACUGUGUGCCCAAUCCCUGUCAGGUGGACAGCUUCGAGAUGGACCCAGAUUCCGGCAGGUGUUUCCGUAAAGACUUCGAUGGCUACUGUCCCCCCAUCAGCCUGCAGUUCUACCACAACAACCUAACCGUCGGAUGUGAGCUCAUUGAUACCCGAAAUUUGUUUGAUUCGCCCAUCGCGAAAUCUUGCCCCGCUGGGUCUCGCGUCGGCUUCCUCGGAAACUGCCGCCAAGUGGUGGUUCCCUCCAUCACCUCCCGGCCCAGGAGCAUCACUGGCCGCUGCAGAGCGGGCACCAUCAGGUCUGAUGAUGGAACUUGCCGUCGCCUCAACACCUACAUAGGGUAGUCCUCUGCCUUUCCAGCGGUAGGAAACCGCCUCACCCAGUAAAGACCAACACACCCUCAUCACACCGCACCUGACGGGGGCGCACCAGUGAUGGAGGAACCGAUCACUCAGUGAACCCCUUCAACUCAUGUGAAUAUCAUGGUGUGCCUACUUCGUAUAGGGUGUGGUGUUGCUUCGUGCCUCGAAUUUACACACACACACACACACACACACACACACACUGAACUAACGCCUCCAAACAGAAUUUAUAAAAGUAUCUGGAGACGCCAAGACUGUGAUACUAAGAUAAGUGUUAAUGAGGAAUGUGUACCUAUUGUUUUGUUGCAAUAAACAGUAAAGUGAACAA